GCCGCGGAGCCGGCCCUGCGGGGCCCCGGGGGGGGGGGGGGGCCGCGAAGCCCCCGCGGAGCCGCCCCCGGCAGGGCCCCCCCCCCCCCCCCCCACCGGGAGGGCGCCAUGCGGGGGGGCCCGAGCGAUGCGGAGCGGCGGCAGCGCUGGGGUCGCCUCUUCGAGGAGCUGGAUAGUAACAAGGAUGGCCGCGUGGACGUGCGCGAGUUGCGCCAGGGACUGGCCCGGCUGGGCGGGGGCGACCCGGACCCUGACACCCAACAGGGCAUCUCCCCCGAGGGUGACACUGACCCAGGUGGUGGGCUGGACCUGGAGGAGUUUUCCCGCUACCUACAGGAGCGGGAACAGCGUCUGCUGCUUCUCUUCCACAGUCUGGACCGGAAUCAGGAUGGUCAUAUUGAUGUAUCUGAGAUCCAGCAGAGUUUCCAGGCUCUAGGCAUUUCCAUCUCGCUGGAGCAAGCCGAGAAAAUUCUGCACAGCAUGGACCGUGACGGCACGAUGACCAUCGACUGGCAGGAAUGGCGCGACCACUUCCUGUUGCAUUCGCUGGAGAAUGUGGAGGAUGUGGUCUAUUUCUGGAAGCAUUCUACGGUCUUGGACAUUGGUGAGUGCCUGACUGUCCCUGAUGAGUUUUCAGAGCAGGAGAAGCUGACUGGCAUGUGGUGGAAGCAGCUGGUGGCGGGUGCGGUGGCAGGGGCUGUGUCGCGGACAGGCACGGCCCCUCUGGAUCGCCUCAAGGUCUUCAUGCAGGUCCACGCCUCCAAGACCAACAAGUUAAACAUCCUGGGGGGCCUCAAAAGCAUGAUCCAAGAGGGGGGCAUGCGUUCCCUGUGGCGUGGCAAUGGGAUUAACGUGCUCAAGAUUGCACCUGAGUCGGCGAUCAAGUUUAUGGCCUAUGAGCAGAUCAAGCGGGCCAUUCGGGGGCAGCAGGAGACACUGCACGUGCAGGAGCGCUUUGUGGCUGGCUCCCUAGCUGGCGCCACGGCCCAAACCAUCAUUUACCCCUUGGAGGUGCUGAAGACGCGGCUGACUUUGCGCCGGACGGGCCAGUACAAGGGGCUGCUGGACUGUGCAAGGCAGAUCCUGGAGCGGGAGGGGCCCCGCGCCCUGUAUCGCGGCUACCUGCCCAACGUGCUCGGCAUCAUCCCGUACGCCGGCAUCGACCUGGCCGUCUAUGAGACCCUGAAGAACCGGUGGCUCCAGCAGUAUAGCCACGACUCGGCCGACCCAGGCAUCCUCGUGCUCCUGGCCUGUGGCACCAUCUCCAGCACCUGUGGCCAGAUAGCCAGCUACCCCCUGGCCCUGGUCCGGACCCGCAUGCAGGCCCAAGCCUCCAUCGAGGGUGCCCCCCAGCUCUCCAUGCUGGGUCUGCUCCGUCACAUCCUGUCCCAGGAGGGCGUGUGGGGCCUCUACCGGGGCAUUGCCCCCAACUUCAUGAAGGUUAUCCCGGCUGUGAGCAUCUCCUAUGUGGUCUACGAGAACAUGAAGCAGGCCCUGGGGGUCACGUCCAGGUGAGGGACCCAGAGCCUGACCCACCCCAGAUCCCUCACCUCAAUCAUGACAUCCCCCACACCCCAGGCACUGGAGACUGAUGGCCCAGCCAGUGGAUCCCAGGGCUCCCCACACUAAAUCACAGGAUCCCCCACUUUAUCCACUGGGUCCUGCACCCCUGUAUCGCAGCUACUGAGCCCACACACACAAGGGGUUCUGGACCUCCAUGACUUAACCACGGGAUCCCCCACAACCUGACUAAUGGACCCUGACAGCCCAACUACAGAAGCGCACAUCACCAUACCCAAACAGCCAGCCCCAAGCCCCUGCAGGCCCCAGAUCCAGCACUGGGUCCUAGAUCCCCAGACCCACUGGCGGAUCCCAGAUCCCCAUGCUUCCAGCCCUGGAUCUCCAAGCUCGGCCACUGGAUUCUGGAUAUCAAGAAGCCUCAGCCUCCGGAUCCUGACAAUGCAAUGCCUAGAUCCCGGGGCCCCCGCUACUGGAUCCCAGAUCCCCUCACCCCAACUACUGGAUUCCUGAAUUCCUUUACCUUGACACUGAGUCCCGGAUCCCUCUGCUUGACUACUGGAUUCCCUACAUUUCAACCACUACACCCUCAACCCCCAACCACCGGAUCUCGGAUUCCCAAGCCCUGACCGGCUGGAUCCUGGCUCCUAAAUCCACAAUGUGAGCCCAACGGCUGAGUGAGUGGGUCCUGGUGACUGCGGCUGUUGGACCCCCACACCCCUUCACCACAGGCACUGGAUGCUGAAACCUCACCCAUAGGAGGCAGACCCCCCCACACCCUUCCAAGCACUGGAUCCCAGACCCUUAACCCCUGGAUUCUGACCAGAAUCCUCCCAGGCACUGGAUCCUGAAUGCUCAGACUCCAAGUCUGGAUAGAUCCCAAUAAGCCAAUGACAGCUUCCUGGAUCCCCCGUGCCCCUGUCCCAGACACACCCCAGAGCCCAGGGUCCCAUGCCACAAAGCCCAGGGUCUAAGGGGCCUGUUGGAAGCCUAGGUCCUGGCCUCCUGCUUCCAGAAGACCCAUGGGACUUGUCCAAAGUCCUGACAUGACUAGAAGCCAGCAGCCAGGGAAGGAGAUGCCCCCGCCCAUGCCCUAGGCAGAGGCUGGACACGCCUGCCACCCACCCAGCAUGGCUGUACCUCCGGUCCCUGUUGCAAAACUGCCCCCCACCCCUGACAAUGCACUGCGGUGUCUUCCAUUCCCUUCCCACCUUUAGGCUGAUGAUAACCUCCCAUCGCUGUCUCUUGGGGACUGUCAAGGGGACAAUCUGAGGCCGGGGACACAUUAUAGGGACUCCCCCAAACACAUCCCAGCACUGCCAGCCUCUACCCGGGCUUCAGGGUUGGGAGCCGGGAGCAAGCCUACAUAGACUAGCCUUCCAGGGAGCCAAGCAUCCAGUUAUGCAAAACAAAUCCCCAAAUCCCCCAAACUCACUCCAGGUCUAUUUUUCUACCAGAGAGGAGCAGACAUUCCUCCCCCUCAGAUAACU